AUGCGAAUAUAUAUAAUAUUACUACUCAUUGUAUCAUUGUAUUAUCGUGGUACAGUUGCUCUUCAACUUGAAUUUUAUCCGGGUACACAAGCUUAUCAUCAAACAGGUUCUCGUUUUAAUAAUACGGCUUGGAUAGUUGUUAGUCAAGAUCCAUCAGAAAGAUAUCUCACAUAUGGACCUUAUACAAAUGCAUGGAAUACAACAGCAUCAUCGCGCGUUGAUUUCUAUUUAGGAGUAGACAAUAUUACCGGUGAUUCAUCAAACUUAUUAACUGUUGAUGUGAAUGAUGCAGAUUUAGAUCAUAUAUUGAUGAGUAGAAAUAUUUCUCGUCUUGAUUUUGGUUAUGGUAAUAUUCAAUCACAAAUUUUUUCUCUUUAUUUUACAAGUACUAUUGGACAUAAACUAGAAUUUCGUGUAUUUUAUCAUUGCUGUAGUAGUAUUGUUCAUUAUAAAACAGUUGUAAAUGAAUUAGAUGGUGGUGGAUUAGCUGAUAUUUUUAUUGGUCAAGCAGGAUUAGAAUUAGUUAGUUCGUCAGUAUUUCCUACUCCUCAAGGUGAUCCAAGUUCUACAGCUAUGUGGAAUGUAGGUACAUAUAUCAAACCAUUGGAUGGAAGAUGGUAUGUUUUUUAUAGAGAAGGUUUCUAUGCACCGACUCCAGCUUUUUGCAAUGGUAUCGUACCAUUAACACGUAUUGCUGUUCGAAAUUCAACAGAUUUUGGAAAGACAUGGUCGGAACCAGCUGUUGUUGCUCUUCCUGGUAAUUCAACUUUUGAUAAUUGUGCAGCACUUGAUGGAGCACCUUUCUUCGAUAAUGACACAGAUUCAUGGCAUUAUCUAGCUCAAUGUAUUGGUAAUAAUCGACGUUGGUCUCUUUGUCAUUAUUCAAGAUCUGGACGUAACCCUAUGUCAGGUCCUUUUAUACCUAAUCCAAAAAAUCCUGUUGUUCAAGGUGGACAGUUAUGGAGUAGAAUCUGUUCCGGUACAGGAAAACAUUGCACAUUAACUAUGUAUGAUGAAGGCACACCUGAAAUUAUAGAAAAAAUGAAUGGUUGGUUCUAUAUUACUUUUCAUGGUUGGGAUGGACCUAAUAAUAAAGCUGCUCGUGGUAUGGCUCGUACUCGAGAUUUUGUUAACUAUGAUGUAGCCGGUUAUGAUCUUCCGAAUGAUGCAAUAUUCUCUCCAUUGGAUUGUAAUACAUGGAAUAUUACAUGGAAUCCGAAAAGUUUAUGUGUCGGUGGAGGUGAAGGUAGUAUGGUCAAAUCAGGAGAUUAUUUUUAUCAUUUAAUUGAAGCUCCUGAUGGAACAUUAAAUUGUGAUACGACAUUAGGAGAACAAAAUUGGGUAUUAGGUUUAUUAAGAUCACCUACAUUAAGUGCUCGAUCAGGUGAAUGGGAACAAAUACAUUUUAAUCCUGCAUUUAAACCUGCUAAAAAAUAUGGUUGUGGUUUACAAUAUCAUAGAAUUUUUCGUGAUGAUAAUGAUUUCUUCUUCUCUAUGUUUGUUAUUGAUUUUGGAGUUAACAAUUUAACAAUGAAAAUAUGGAAGGUUGUACCUGGAAAAACUAAUUUUCCAGUUAUUGUUGGUUAUCCAUAG